AUGGAUUCCAAGGGGAGAGUGGCGGUGGCGGAUGCGGACUCCCCCGCGAUACGAGUGUACGUAUCGGACGGCUCUACGGACGCCGUGGGGCAGUUCGACGGGCACAGUAGCCCCGUCCUGUCGUUGGCGUUCAACGAGCCCGCCAAGACGGUCGUGUCCGCUGACAGGAGCGGCGUGUUGGAGUACUGGAGUGCGGAUGACUACGGCCGCCCCCCGGCACGGGCGGUGAAGUUCAAGUUUAAGAUGGACACGGACCUGUACGAUCUGGCCAAGGCCAAGACGCGGCCUUGCAGCAUCUCCUUCAGCCCGGAUGGGAAGAGCAUGGCCGUCACCGCCAGGGAUAAGCAGGCAUGGUCGGUUCGAGCGUUCGACUUCCGAACCGGGAAGCUGCGGCGCAAGUACGACGAGAGCAGGAGGGCGAUGGAGGACAUGCUCGCCUCGGGACAGCUCAAGAUGGAUGCCAUGGACCUCGGAAAGAAGUCUGCCGUGGAGAAGGAGCUGGAGGUAUCUACGGCGCAUUUUGCAGGAUUUGUGACACCACAAGGCCGAUUUUCUGUUUGA